GUUGAAUUUGCUCGUCGAUAGAUGCUACAAGUCGUAUCGCGGAUCGUCAAGCGGAUCGAGUGUUCUGUAGUUGACAAAUCGGUGAUCUCGUUCGCGAGAAAAUAUUACAACAGGAUGGCAAGGUAUUUAAAUCAGUCGGAGGCUAUUAACAUCGACAAAGAGUUGUUUGAAAAGUACAGAUUUAGCGUCGACCAGCUGAUGGAGCUGGCCGGGCAGAGUUGCGCCGUCGCGAUUGUGGGGUCCUAUCCGCCAUCUCCAGAGGACUCCUCAAGGAACAAAGUGCUAGUGUGCUGCGGACCCGGCAACAAUGGUGGCGAUGGUCUGGUUUGCGCGAGGCACCUCAAGCACUUUGGAUACUCGCCGGAGAUCUACUACCCAAAGAAGACCUGCAACGCGUUGUACGAGAGGCUGUUGCAUCAAUGCAUCGAGAAUGGUAUUCCCGUGCUAGAAAAUCGGCGCGUUGAAGAGGCGACUGAUUCUGCGGCUCUUCUGAAUGACUACGCCGUCGUGGUAGAUGCCCUUCUGGGAUUCAGUUUCAAGCCACCAGUGAGAGAGCCGUUCGUCCGUAUCAUUGACCUGCUGAAAUACACGAGUGUUCCUAUUUGCAGCAUUGACAUACCGUCAGGCUGGGACGUGGAGAGUGGCCCACCCGCGGAGGGUGGCAUAAUGCCGCAAAUGCUGAUAUCCUUGACGGCACCGAAGAUGUGCGCGUCCAAGUUUGAUGGGAGAUUUCACUAUCUGGGUGGACGGUUUGUGCCUGAGAAGUUGGAAUCGCAGUACAAACUCAAUCUACCCAAAUACGUUGGCACGGACUUGGUCGUUCGGCUACAUUGACAGAUGCAUUGGAAAUGUGUAUUAAAUUAUGUUAUAAUGUAUUUUGUUAGAGAUUCGAGGAACAUUUACAGAAUACAAUUCAUAUAUACAUAAUCCAUUUACCAUUUCAAGUUUCUAUAAAUCGUUCAUGAAUGCAAUCAUUUACAUGAAUGCAAUUUAUAUUGUUAAAUUAUACAUUUUAUAUGUCUGUACACUAUGUCUAUUUGAUUUAAUCUCCCUGAUGUAAUCCAGAAUAAUCGUAAAUUAUAUACAUAAUAAAAAAUGUGAGCUUCAUAAACAG